AUGUCAACUGUUUUCGAAAACAAGUACGCGAUUGUCACUGGAGGUUCCAGAGGCAUCGGAGCUUCGAUUGCGCUGUUACUAGCCGAAAGAGGCGCCAAAGGAAUAGCUAUUACUUAUUCCGGCAACGAAGCAGCAGCUAAGGAUGCUAUCGCCAAGAUCAAAGCCCACGGGGCAAACGCGGUUGCAAUUCGCGCUAAUAUUUUGGACGCCGAUAUUGGAGAGACAAUAGUGAAAGGGGCUCUCGCAGGACUGAAAACCAACACAAUACACAUUCUUAUCAAUAAUGCUGCUCUUGCUACUUCAGAGCAUCUGCUUCCUAUUCUAGAUACUACCAUCGAGAAUUUUGAUAACCUCUUCCAUGCAAACGUACGGGCACCACUGUUUACAACACGCGCAGUGCUUCCUUAUAUGCCCGCAAAAGGUGGCAGAAUUAUCAAUGUGAGCUCCGUCACAGCCAAGCAGGCUGCCGAUGAGCCAGGAAUACUUUACGGGGCUAGCAAAGCGGCAUUGAAUAGCAUCACUCGCUCCAUGGCCAGCGCUCUAGCUGCAGAGAAGAGCCUUACGAUCAAUUCGAUAAGCGUCGGCCCAACUAAGACUCCCGCCAUGGAGGACGCUUUGGCUAAUCUUCCAAAAGAGUAUAUGGAGGGAUUGAAGAAUUAUGCCACUGCUGAGAAGCGAUUGGCAGAGCCGGAAGAAAUUGCAGCAAUCGUGGCUUUUGUAGCUAGCGAUGAAGCUCGUUGGAUGAAUGGAGCUAGUGUUCCUGCGAAUGGAGGGGCGAUCCUGCUAGCAGAGGGUUGA